AUGGAUGUCUCGGUGCACCUCGAACGAUACACCACCGAUGCCACCAUGUCAAAUGGUAUAGCGAAAGUCCGGAGAGCCCUCAAUGACCCGCUUUCCUUGAUCAGCCUGCCGGUUACAAUGCCGAAACCACACACUCAGCACCAGGACUAUCAGAAUGAUGAGGAUGUUACACCUAUGCUUCCCAAUUAG